GAUUUGAAAUUUCGCGCAAUGCGAAACUAAGGACGAAAAUAUAUGUCACGGUCAAGGAUAUUCUUUAUAAACUGGGACGGAGACGUCCAACUCUGAGCAGCAACUUAUCAUACAACACGCACGUGCACGUUGGAGCUGCAAAGAAAAGAAAUCAAGACAAACUCAUCUGCGUAUGCAAAGAAGGUGUUGCAUAAAAAAUAUUUUUGAAGCUACACGUGCAUGAUAUCGUCAACUAGGCCUGUCAACGAUAACGCACUAUUUGACCGAAUUUACUCGGAGAUAGGUCGAAAAUUUUAGAAUCAAGACGACACGUGUAUGAUUUUAAAGAAGAAAUGUCAACCACGAGAGACAAGCAAAUAAUAUUGAAAUUGGGCAGUAAAGGACGUGUGCCAGCACUAGGAUUUGGAACAUAUGCCCCUAGAGAGAGUGAAGAUGAUGUGUAUGAAGCAGUGCGAGUGGCUAUAAAAGCAGGGUACCGACAUCUAGACUGUGCUGCCAUCUAUAGGAAUGAGAGAGCAGUGGGUCAGGCCAUCAAACAAACUAUCGUAGAAGACAAGGUCAAGAGGGAGGACUUGUUCAUCACAAGCAAGCUAUGGAAUUCCUGUCACAGUCCAGAUUUAGUAAGAACUAGCCUCAAAAAGAGCAUGGAAGACCUAGGACUGCAGUACUUGGAUCUGUACCUCAUCCACUGGCCAAUUGGUCUAAAGGAAGGAGGUGCAUUUAUUCCAAAGGAUGAAAAAGGAAAUGUUCUAUUCUCUGAUGUUGACUAUGUAGACACUUGGAAGGCAAUGGAAGACUGUGUGGAUGAGGGACUUGUAAAACACAUUGGAUUGUCCAACUUUAACAGUGAGCAAAUCCAAAGAAUUCUGGAUGUAGCCAGGAUUAAACCUGUCAUGAAUCAGGUUGAAUGUCAUAUAUACCUAAGUCAAGAAAAGCUGAUAGAAUUUUGCAAAGCCCGGGGCAUUACAGUAACAGCAUACUCUCCAUUUGCUAGUCCUGGACACAAAACUAUUCCUUACACCCCAUGCCUGCAGGAGCCAGUCAUAGUAGAUAUUGCUAAAAACAAGCAAAAGACUCCUGCUCAGGUCAUUAUAAGGUUUCUUCUUCAGAGAGAACUAGUGGUGAUUCCAAAAUCAGUCAGUCCUGGUAGAGUCAUUGAAAAUUUUCAGGUGUUUGAUUUUGAACUGACAGAUGAAGAAAUGAAAAAGAUCCUUGCUUUGAAUAAAAAUCAUAGAAUUAACACAGAGGAUAUAGCAUUGACACACAAGUACUAUCCAUUCAACAUUGAAUUCUAAUACAGAUUCUUCAGCUGAACCAUCUCCUUCUAUGUAGAAUAUGCAAAUUUAAACCUGUAUUUUUGUGUUUCCUAUGUGAUUUUUGUGCAUGGAGAAUCAGUUUGUUUUGAAUGGCAUUACACAAUGUGACAAUCAAAGAAAUCUAAAGUGCUUCUUUCGAUGAAGCUGAAUAAGUAUUUCAAAUGUGUAUAUGUGAUUAUAAGUGUUAUAAUUAUUAAUGUUCAAAGUCCUUGUUAAUUACCUCUUAGGUAAAGGAACCUGUAGUUAUACAGAGUUAAAGAUAUACUGUAGAUCACUAAAUUUUCGCGACACCUUAUUUUCGCGAGAUAGUCAUUGACUCUUGAUUAGCGAGACAAAAUUUUCGCGAAGUGUGGUUAUUGUUCUAUAUAAUCUUAAGGAAUGCUAUUAUAUGCGAGAAUUAAAUUUUCGCGAGCACACUGUCUCGCGUAAUUACGCAAAAAUAAAGUUCUCGCGAAUAAAACAUGAUUUACAGUAUUGUUUACUAUUUAGUUCCUAAUUAUCAAAUGAAAGGCACAUUAUUUUAUUUUUUUGGGGGAAAAAAUCUUAUGCUCUUUAUACUUCAUUUCAUUAGGACUUACUAUUGGUCAUUUGCAUAUCCAGUAAAAGAACCAAAUUCGAAUUAAAAACAGACUCCUUUUCCACAUAAAAGUAGAAAUUCCAAGAUAAUUUUGAUUUUUUAAGUGUUUUCCAGAAAUCUGCAUUUUCAUUGAUGUAAAUAUAGGAUAAGCCUUUUAUUCAAACAGUCUUUGUUUUACAAUUUACAUAUUUUAUUACAAAUAAUCACUUAAUCACAUUUUAACAUUUUCUGAUUAAAUUCCCAUUGAAAGGAUAUAAGACCCUGUUAAUAAACCCUGGCCAUUUUUUAUUUUUGUUCAGUGUUCAUUUUUGUGCCAUAGAUUAUCUUCAUUAAUUUUUCACCUUACGUAUGUCUGUAAUCUUAUUUAACCCUGCUUUUAAGAUGCCGGAAAGCAAUAAAUUUUUUAAUUUUUUUGAAAAAUUUUAAGUUUCAAAAGCAUAGUUAUUGUUAUUUCUAAAAAUGCCUCAAGUUGUGGAAAUUUAGCUUGUUAAAUCUUGCUUUUGAUGAGGUAUGUGUUAUGAUAUUUUUUUGAACAUAUGUGUAAGUAGAUGUUUAAGAUUGUCUAUUUACUGUUGAUUUUAAUUUUGUGACAAUUUUUAUGGUUGAACCAUGAAGCAAAAUGUUGCAAUAUUUUUUUUUUUUUUUUACUUCUGAUUAUUAUUUUAAGGAAAUACUGUAGGUAUUUGUAUACCCAAACAAUGCAGGUAUAAUUUUAGUAUGUUUUCUAAAAAGAAAAAUUCAUAAUAGGUUUAAUAUAAUUUGUAGUCAAGUAUCAAAAUUGAAGUUUGAAUGCACUGUCAGUAUCUAAUUUUAUUUGUACAUAGCUCAUACACUUAUCCAUAUGACUUUAAAAGUCUUUGGUGCCUGUACAAUUAUGCAAUCACAUUUAAUAUUAAAAUAUCAAAUUAAUGAA